AGAAGAGAUGAGAGAGAACAGAGAUACAGAGGGAUAGAGACAGAAGAGAAGAGAGAGAACAGAGAUACAGAGGGAUAGAGACAGAAGGGAAGAGAGAGAACAGAGAUACAGAGGGAUAGAGACAGAAGGGAAGAGAGAGAGUGAAGUCAACUAUGAAGAGAAGAGCCCAAGAGAACACCAGGAGGGAACAGCCUCAGAUGUAGGGCAAGUGGAGCAGAGAGAAAGUUCUGAGACAGGCUGGAGUGUAUGAAUGAGAGAGGCCCCAUCCCACCAUCAAGGGAGAGCGAGAGGGACAAAGAGCAGAUAAAUGAGGAACAAAAGAAAGAGACAUUGUAAGAGAGGAGGGAGAGGAACGCCAGACUGCAACCCAAUAAACUGAGGACAAGAGACACCUCCACGACUACACACAGACAGGAGAAUGAGGUUAAGCCAAGUCUGCAGUAUACAAAUCCUGGGAUUUGGCCUCGUAGCUCUUAUGGCCAUUGGAUUCACUAUUCAGAUUCUGGGGACGCACUUCCCAAAGAGGUCACCGCAAAUAUCUCCGCUACGCCUAAUAACUGCGGUGCCUCAGCCUUCCUCCCGAACGUGCCACCCUAGACGGCAUGUCAUGUUUCUGAAGACGCACAAGACAGCUGGGAGCACCAUACUGAACCUUCUGCACCGUUUUGGCGACCGGAACAAGUUAUCUUUUGCUCUGCCCAUCAAGUAUCAAUUCAACUACCCAAGUUCCUUCCAAGCUCAUAGAGUGAAAGGAUACAACGCUUCCACCAAGCCGCACUACGACAUCAUGUGCCAUCAUAUGCGCUUCAAUUAUCCCGAGGUCCGGAAAGUGAUGCAUCCAGACUCUUUCUACUUCACCAUUCUUCGAGACCCAGCAACCAUGGCCGAGUCAUCUUUUUCCUAUUAUCGGGCUGUGUCGUCGGCUUUUAAGAAGGCGCCCAACUUUAAAGCAUUUAUUUCUCUCCCGUCACGUUACUAUCGACAAGGUGAGAGAUCCAACCACUAUGCACGUAACCCAUUAUGGUUUGAUCUCGGAUUUAACUCUGACGCCCCAUUUACGGAAAUGUAUGCUAAAGCUGGAAUCCGUGCAGUGGAGGACGCCUUUAACUUGGUUCUUCUAGCUGAACACUUUGACGAAUCAAUGAUUCUCCUCAAAGAGGAGUUGUGUUGGGACCUCGAUGAUGUGGUGACUUUCAAACUCAACAGUCGCGGGACUUCGAGAACACUGAGCCGAGGAGACUUUGAGAAACUGAGGGCAUGGAACGCUCUCGACUGGUAUCUCUACUCUUAUUUCAACCGCACUUUCUGGGAUAAGGUGGAACAUUUUGGGAGGGCAAAGAUGGACAAUGAGGUCAAAAAAUUGAAGGAAAGGAGACAACACCUAGCAACACUUUGUCUAGAGGGUACAGAACCUGUAGUGGCAGACCAAAUUAAAGAAGAAGCUAUUAAGCCUUUCCAAUUUGGACAGGAAAAGAUCCUAGGUUGGGCUGUUCGGAAAGAUCUUCCACCCGAGGUUCGUACGCGUUGUGUUCGAAUGGUAACUCCAGAACUUCAGUACAAAGAUCUCUUAGAUGCACGCCAGUUUCCAGUGAGACUGUCUAAUGUCUCGGCCCUAGCAGCCACUCCUAUGAGAGCCAUUGGAAGAUGAAAAGAGUACAGGUGAUUUGCGUGGUUCGCAGAUUUUUAAUGCACAAAGUUGAGGAUGUUAUCGCUUUAAACUAAUGUGCCUGAAUAAUAUAUGGGACCCAUGCCUUCCUAGUAAACACUACACCAUUAGACUCAACAAGCACUUUAUAGCUCCUGCACUUCCGACGUUUUUUCUCCAGCCUUAAGACUUGAUAUUGGAGAAGACACUCAAAGUGUUGCUAGGUGCGAUCGAUAUGCUGUUAAUCACGACUACGGUACGGAUUGUUUAAUACCGCCUCAACUGACUCAGCGCUACCUCUAAAACAUUAAGAGUCUGAUGGGAAUUGGCAAUCAACAUCUAAGAAUAUCUGAAAUAUGACAUGCAACCGUACUGGUUGCUUUCGAGUGAAUGUGAAUCCAAUAAUCCAAACUUCAUAGACAUCAAUUUCUGAUACUUUGGGUUUGGGACCGGUUUAUCUUGAAUUUAGGUGAUACACUGCUCGUGACUGCUACAUUAUCAAUGAUAUAGCACUACUGCCUAAGACUAUCACCAUUCCUAUGACUGCAUGGAUGUGCGGGGGGGGGCCUGACUAUGGGAUACUCCUCAUGACCCAAUUACAUCCAGCCUUUGAAGCAUGAGGGAGUCUAAGGUUUGGUGGACCCUUGUAAAUAAUUUGCUUCUGGGCCCUGACGCUUUAGGCUACACUAUUGUUGAGAGUACAUGGUUGAACAUUACAUAACAAACAAAAAAUGUUCACCCUUUUUGUGGCAACAGAGAACCACAUCCCCUUCGUUCAGUGAAACGGUGGGCAACAGACCCCCAAUGAUCUCAUACAGAUGGCGAAUUCUAAGAAUAGGUCAUGAGUUUUAAAGGGUUAUUGCAGUGGAAAACUAUUUUUUUUUCCACAUCAACAGGCUCCAGAAAGUUAAACAGAUUUGGAAAUUACUUCUAUUAAAAAAUCUUAAUCCUUCCAGUACUUUUCACCUGCUAUAUACUACACAGGAAGUUGAGUUGUUCUUUUCUGUCUGACCACAGUGCUCUCUGCUGCCACUUCUGUCCAUGACAGGAACUGUCCAGAGCAGGAAAGUUUUGCUAUGGGGAUUUGUUCCUACUCUGGACAGUUCCUGACACGGACAGAGGUGUCAGCAGAGAGCACUGUGGUCAGACUGGAAAGAACAACUCAACUUCCUCUGGAGCAUACAUAGUUCUACAACUAAAAAGUAUACAGCAGCUGAUAAGUACUGGAAGGAAUAAGAUUUUUUUAAUAAAAGUAAUUUACAAAUCUGUUUAACUUUCUGGAGCCAGUUGAUAUGAAUGGGGAGUGUGCCGACCCCAGCACGCGCUCUUCUCAUAAAGCCGGGGCCCGUUUAGGAGAUCUCAGGGGUUCCAGUGGUCGGACCCCCCCAACUAUCUGACACUUAUCCCCUAUCCUGUGGAUAGGGGGUGUUACUUUUCACUGCAGUACCCCUUUAAGGGCCUGGCUCAUUACUUACAUGAAAAGUACACUGGGCUCCAUGUCAUGCUCCAUUUGCCCUUUAGGAAAAGCACAUAGUGGGUCUCCACAACUAAUCGCAUACUUAGUAAAGGGUAUGUAUACUUUUGCAGACAUUUCUAAUUGCUCAAAAACACCAACAUAAAUAAAAAGGAAACUAUAGUAAAGCAUCUUUACAAAUGGGCCCAUGGAUCCUCAUGGUACUGACUACAACAAACUAUGCAUAGUCUGAUUCCAUAGUCAUGUGUUAGUCCAUUAGGGUGUAGGGUAUUCACCGAAUAAAAUUAUCACCAAAACCUAAAAGGUUUUUGGCCUAAUGGGUGGUAGUUUGAUUCGGUUUAUACUCAUGGUUCUGCUAAGGGUAUUACCAGGGGUCAAGUCUUGGGGAACAAAAAGUGUGGGAACUCACCCAAGAUUUGUUUCCAUCUGCUGUGGAAAAAGUGCAGGAACUCAGUUCCUAUGUGUUCCUGCAGGACCUAAGCCCUGGGUAUUGUCCUACCCUACCAAUGGUGACAUUGUUUGGUCUUUCGGAGACUGUGUCCGACUCAGUGAACUGUCUACACCAGUGUUUCCCAACCAUGAUGCCCCAGCUAUUGCAAAACUACAAUUCCCGGUAUGCCCGGACAGCCUUCGGCUGUCCGGGCAUGCCGGGAGUUGUAGUUUUUCAACAGCUGGAGGUUUUGGCAGACACUGGUCUACAGGGUAUGCAGAAAAGUAAUCAACAGAUACAGAUGGAAGGGUGUAACACAUGACUACAGAUUUUCUUUGUAGUCUGUUGCCAUGGGGACACAUUAGUCUGCAUCAGAGCUGUAUAGACAAAACGGUGGAAGAUGGGGGGGGGGUUUUUGAGUCAAGAAGACGACUGGCAACUUUGGUUUAAAAAAGAUUGUAAGAGGACCGAAAAAAAAACAUUUCCAAAAUUUCAUUCCCCUCUGAAGGUCGGUGGAGGUAAAAUGUUUGGGUUGUCCCACGUCUCAUUUUAUGUAAGGAAAGAAUAAAAUUUAGGGCUUUCCCAAAGGGCUCUUAGAGCAUCUACCUUUGGUUUGAAGCCAAAGUUCCGCCAGCAACAAUGAGGGCUCGGCAUAUGUUGUAUGGGAUGAAAUCCUAAGAUUUUAGGAACAGCCCAAAAGACGCAUCCAAUACUGUAUUACUUCCCGAGAGACUGCCACCCACCUUAAUAUACGAGACUGCCUUCCACUACUCUUCAGUGUGUGAGACUGACCUCUGAAGCACGGGAGUGACUACACGUAAGGGCUCUUUUUUUGCAUCAGAGUAUUUUUUCUAGUUAUAUAUAUAUUUUUUUUUUUUCUUAUAAUUUAAAAAAGUAUUUAUAGAUAAUUCAUAGCGGAUGCGGAUAUUUUGUAUAUUUUAUAGGUUUGUAUGGAAAACUGGAAACUAUUGGUGUAUCGGGUUCGAUGGAGAAAGUUGA